GUACGUUUAGUUGGCUCCCGUCACAGCGCGCCGCCUCGUGAGAGCAUGAGGAGGCUCGUCGCCGUGGUUCUCUGCCUGGUGGUGGCGGGGGUGGUGGCAGAAGAAGAUAUCGUGCAGAGUGAUAAAACACAAGUUGUUACAGACCCCACAGGAGGUGAAAGAGAUACCUCAGAAUCAAUCACGGAAGUCUACAAGCAAGGAACAGUAAGCUUCAACCUAGAAAACAAUGGAACAGAAGCUUUAAAUCCAAUAAUAGAGGAGUCCAAACAUAGAAAUCUCGAACAUUCCAUCAACUAUCCAGAAUACGGUGAAAGAGAAGCCUUGCCAUCAGAGACUGGGCAGUUUCAGGACGAACACGAACAAGCCGUCGACUAUCCAGAAUACAAUGAAAAAAAUGCCUACGAAUAUGAAGCCUACGAAUACCCCGUCGACUACCCAGAGUACGGUGAAAGAGAAGCCUCGCCAUUAGAAAUGGGAGAGUCCGCUCAUGAAGCUCAAGGAAACUCAACUGACUCUCCAGAGUAUGGUGAAAGGGACGUUUCACUCUCAGAAAUGGGGGAGCCUAUGGAUGAGACUCAGAAACAGACCGCCGACUACAUGGAAUACGAUGUAAGAGAAUCAGCUUCAUUAGACACGGGCGAGUCAAUGCAAGAAGCUAGUGAGGCGGCCGUCUACCCUGACAACUUGAACUUUGUAGAAAACACCUGGAAUGGGUCUUUGACAGGAGAAGAAGAGGUGUGGAACAGCUCACAUCAGGGUGAUAGAGAAACUGCUGACUCAAAACCGGAGGAUGAGAUGCCAGUCUUUGAAAAGGAGGAAGAGACAAAUACAAGCAACGCGGGGAAAGAUAAGGAAAGCGAACCGGAGCAUAGUCUUACUGAGAACAAUGAUAAAAACAAGAAGAAGAAGAAGAAAAAACGUUGUCACACACUUUCACGAUGCAAAAUGAUGAAUGGGAAAUGCAGGCACAAGAAGAGCGGGUGCAGGGAGGCUGAGAGCACGCGGGCCAACACGGAGAAUGUGUUUUGUGCUCUGAAGUCGUGUGUGUGCUGCAUGAGAGAACCGAAAUGUAUCAUUACUGACAAGUGCAGGAGGUUAAAUGGAAUUUGCCAACCCAAAUCAGACCACUGUUCAGGAAAAAUUAAACCUGGCAAGUCAUUCUGCCGCGGGAAGGAUUGCACAUGCUGCAUACCGUCGAAGGGUGGGUCUGGUGACAGCCGGCCGAUAACCUACGGCCAGUAAGCAAUGGUUGAAAAUGGUCAGCAGGUACCGACAGGACGUCAACUCUUCAACUCUGAUCACCACAUGUCUGCACUAUUCACUUGGAGGGCAAGACUAGAUCAGCUAUGAAUGGAGUACGUUUUAGCGCGUUGCGGCAUGUUGCUCGGGAUCACUACUUUCUUUCAGGAAUAAAUUAAUCUUCUCAUUGCCUGUGUACUUUCCAGCAUUUAUUGCUUCAUGUAUCAAAGAUUACCACUUUGUAUGAAUAGAGCAAAGUAAUAAAAUAUAAAUAUGA